AUGGCAUCUGUUUCUCACACACCUUCUCGACAGUCUCCUUCAUUAGAAGGCUUAGAACAAGUCGUCCCUCCAAGAGUCAUGUCUAUUACUGCCCACCGUUCCGAGAUCACAAUCAACAAACCUCUCACCAAAUCAUAUACGGGAGACAGUCUAAAGGCACCAAGUGAAUCAUCCUCAGCCAUGUACAGUGAUUCCAGUGAGACGGCGAGCAGCUACGAUGACAGCAAUUAUGGCACUCCCGCCGACUUGUCAGACUCAAUAGCGAGUUAUCUUCCCAUCUUAGUGCGGACGGGAUCGGAUGACUUCACAGGCCUGUUGGAUCUUCCGGCCCCCACUGAUGGGCUGAAAGACAGCUCACCAAUUUCCCCACUUCCCUACAUUCACCCGCUCUCACUUUCACCAAGAACGGAAGAAGAGACGGAUACUAUUCCUAUCGCGGGCCCUCCCAGCCCCUUCAAUAUCGACAUUUCCACCAGUAUCUUCGGCACUGCCCCAAGAAAAAAUACCGCGAACCCUAACCAUCUCACCGCUGUAACCGACCUGCGAUUCAACGAUUCUGACUCUCGGGCCUCCUCCCCCAGUCUAAGCCCGACCGACGUGGGGCUCGCUGAUGAUGAGGAUCCUGACAACUCCACCGCUACCAGCCCCAUAGAUAUUGAUGCAUCAUCUGUGAUUCUCGGUACAUCUGCCCACUACGGCCGUCCAUUACAAUGGAAGGAACCAAAUGUGGAAGGGCGAACCUCGCACACUAGUCAUUAUUUCCGAGAAAAGAAGUGGGAUCUUUUCCCUGAACUGGGGCCUUCUCCAUCCCAGACUUCCGGUCGCGAGAGUCCUGGACACCCCAAGGAAGGUCGCUUGAACGUCACUGCGAAACAACCAAAAUGGUACUCGAUGAAUAUGGGCCGGAAAUCGGGUGUGCGCCAAUCCUUUAUGACUUAUGUUAAUAAGAUCUCCCACCACUCCGAGGAAAAGGACAAGCGGGAGAAACAUGAGAUGAAGGAGCCGCAGGAGAGUCCGGUUGAGGUACCUCGAGUUCACUCACGACGGUUCACUGGUCCCAUGGGUCCAUUGAACACACGCACAACCGACCCUAUCCGUGAAGACGACGAGGAAGAAGAGGCACAGGAGCUGGAUGAGUUCCACGCUCAACUACUUACCAGCUCAACCUCGACCUCCAAUUUCCAUGCAGACGAGUCGCGCAAUGCACGGGAAAGAAAAUCCGCAUUCCCUUCCUCAACUCCUCGCAAACACAGCUCUGUCUCAUGGCAACUGCCAUCUAAGAAUAAGACACGCGCUUCACAACCUCCACCAGUAAUCAAAUCCUCUCAACCCACAUCAGCGAUGAAGUCUCGACCUCCAUCUGCUAUGAAAUCACCACCAUCAGCAAUGAGGAGCCCCAUGUCUCCGUCUUCAGAAGCCAAGAAACACAGUUCCGUUAGCUGGCAAUUACCAGCGAAGAACAGCGUGCGUGCUUCACAACCUGCACCUGCACCGGCACCACUCAAGACAAAUAAGAGACCUGAAUCUACUCCCGUUCGCGUACGACCCGCGUCAUCAAGACCAACUACUCAACAGCCCAAGCGAUCAACCUUUGCAGCCCUCCCCGCCUUACAGACUGGUGCUUUUGGCGGAGGGAAAAAGAAAUCCAAUUUGGAGAAUGAAGCUGAACGUCGUCGUGAGGAGAUUAGAGGUCGAAUUAAGUUUGUUGGCUCGGUGAAUCCACACCUUUGCAAGCCACAGAAAGAUCCGUGGUCUCCACUGCAAAGUGGCAUCGUCCCUUUUUAA